GUGUGUGUGUAUGUGUGUGUGUGUGUGCAGCUAUGGGGAAGGACUACUACAAAACCCUGGGUAUCCCAAAGGGCUCCAAUGAGGAUGAGAUCAAGAAGGCCUACCGGCGCAUGGCACUGCGGUUCCAUCCUGACAAGAACAAGGACCCUAAUGCAGAGGAGAAGUUCAAGGAGAUCGCAGAGGCCUAUGAGGUACUCAGUGACCCCAAGAAGAGGGUUGUCUACGAUCAGCUGGGAGAGGAAGGUUUGAAGACAGGAGGAAGCAGUUCGUCCGGCGCACCAGGCAACUCAACGUACCACUACACUUUCCAUGGAGAUCCCCACGCCACCUUCGCCUCCUUCUUUGGCGGCUCAAACCCUUUUGACAUGUUUUUUGGCUCCAACCGUAGCCACAGCCGCUCCAAUGGUUUCUCUUUCCACAAUGACCACAGUAAUGAUGCUGAUCCGGACAUGGACAUAGAUGAGGACGACCCUUUCACUCAUUUUGGGAGACAGUUUGGCUUUCCGGGGGGCAUUAACAACGGCUUCCCAGGGGAGGGCCGCAGGAGGAGAGGGGUGCCAUCAGAGCGCCUGGGAGCUGGUCGAAAGCAGCAGGACCCUCCUGUGGUCCAUGAGCUGAAGGUCUCGCUGGAAGAGAUCUUUCAUGGCUGCACUAAGCGAAUGAAAAUCACUCGCCGCAGGCUUAACCCAGAUGGGAGGAGCAUGAGGACAGAAGAUAAGAUCCUCAACAUCAUCAUCAAGAAGGGCUGGAAGGAGGGGACCAAGAUCACCUUCCCAAAGGAGGGGGAUGAGACCCCCGAGAACAUUCCUGCUGACAUAGCCUUUGUGCUUAAAGAUAAAGGGCAUGCCCACUUCAAGAGAGACGGUUCAAAUAUCAUUUAUAACUGCAAGAUCAGUCUAAAAGAGGCGUUGUGUGGCUGCACAGUUAGCAUUCCCACGCUGGAAAACCGUGUCAUCUCGCUCCCAUGUCACGACAUCAUCAAACCAGGGACGGUGAAGCGACUCAGAGGGGAAGGUCUGCCUUUUCCCAAGAACCCGUCACAGCGUGGUGACCUCAUCGUGGAGUUUUCGGUUCGUUUUCCCGACAGGAUCCCCCCUCAGUCCAGAGAGAUAAUCAGACAACACCUCCCUCAGUCAUAAGAAGACUUAUCUCCUACCACAUACCCCAGACUAAAUGUCCCAAACUCAGAAAAUCAGUCUAUUACAAGCCUUUAUCCACUCUCUUUUUAGAAAUUUGACCCACACUGGUAGUUACCUCCUGCAGUCUCCUUGUCCUGUGUUAAUGCACACAGCAUUAAACAGCCAUUAUUUGUAGGUAUUCCAUAGAGGAUGAAGGAAGAUUGCCAAGAGGAAAGGCAGUAUCAGGAUGUAAUUAUCUGUGCUUGUUUUGUCUUUUGGCCCUGGCACAUAAAACCUGAGCAGGGGAGCAGUGCUGAGGAUGGGUCAGCACAAUUAUGGCUUCUACCUGGAACUUCUUUUCUUAACUCUGUUUUUUUAUUACGGAUUUAUCAGUGGUUUUAUAUGGUGUCCAACUCUCCGAUCCUCGUCUUUUUGUGAUAGGAUGAAGGGUAAGAUAUUUUUUAAAAUGGUGUUUUUUUUUCCAGGUUUUUGAUUUCCAAAGGAGGUUCCAAAUAGGAUUAUUUAUUUUCACCUUGAGUGUACCAGCAGCUUCAGUGUGUUUAGUGCAUAACACCACUUGCUUUCUCUUGCUUUCGACUGAAUAAAAGCAUCAUGCUAGAAGUCUGUAGGCUGUUAACUGUUUACUAUGAUCUGUCUCCCCAAAAAUCAAGUUGUUUUCUGAUGCCACAAUGCACUUAAAAUCCCGUAUUACUCCAAAUAGUGUUCGCAUAUCUCAGCUGCGUUGGAAAAUCUGAGAAUGACAAUCACAUAUUGAAACAGCAGUGUAAGCUUGGAUAAUACAAUCUGCACAUAACAUGGGUGCUUUCCCUUCUGAGUUCGGUGGUUACUCUGAAAUGACUAGCCGGGCUCUGUAUCUGAGGGACAUUUAGGUGCCUUAGCCCUGUGUCAUGCCACACAUGUGAAAACACACACACAGAUCACACUGUAAUAUAUACAACCAGCCAUGUUACAUGCACAAUAGACGAUGCCCUAUGCUGUGUAAGACAGUUCUAUUGGGAGCUGGUAAUAAUGGGAAACUGUAAGUAAGCAAUGUGAAAUCUAUCACCAUUUUUUACUGUAUGUAGACAAUGGACAAUUUUUAAGAAGACAUUUGCUAGCAGACUGAUGACUUUUGCCAAUGCAUCCCUGUAAAGUGCCGUACAGUACAGGUUGGAUUUCCCAGAGGGAUGUUAGCAUGUUAAUCUCAUUCAGUGUAGCUGAAAUCCACAGCGAAUAAUUGUUGAUUCCUCUGGGAAAGCCAUCUUUGUUGUGUAUAUUCUGCUUUCCUUCGUGCCACUUGAAGGCCGUGUCUCGGUGCUACUGUGAGCAGUGCCAAAAAUAGACCACUUUGGUGUCUACUUUUGGUUUCAUGGAGUCCUCACUUUGUGUUUUGAUAACUGCUUCUGUCCUCUUAACAUCUGUAUAUCGAACUUUGCAUCUGUUUUUCAAGUAGGAACCCCUGUUUAGGAAACAGGUUUUGUAAAAUUGCAGCAGCUGCAGGAUGCUCUGAAAGCUCUCUUCAGCUCUUCCAUUUGUAGUUUACAGCAGAGAUAAAAUGUAUGUAUGGUUUCAACAGACAGUCCUAAUAGUUCAUAUAUAUAUAUAUAUAAAUAUAUCGUGUAUGGGAAAAUGUUUGAAUGCAACAUGUUGAUAAAUGCACUUUUAUGUCACAGACGGUGAAAACACUAUGAAAUGAUUAGAGAGACUUGAAUGUGUCUGAGUGUGUGAGCGUCCUGCCUCUUAGAGCCUCCAGAGACGCUGGACUUUGGCUGCAACCAGAAUGCACAUGUGCGGCUGCUGCUGAAAGACUGACUGCCACUGCUAAUGUGCAUUUGACCAUAUUUAUGAUCUUUUCAAAAUGCCAACAAAUAAACCAAAUGUGUGAACUUAA